GACCCGACCUUUGCGCCGGGGGGAGUGGCGCGAUCGGCCCCGGGGGAAAGGCCCUCCCGCAGAGUCCCGCCGCUUCAGUCUUCCGCGGGACCGCCGACGGCAUCACCACAGCGAGUUUGGACAAUGGGGUGCUGCAGCGCUAGGUGCGGGCUGAUCGCGGGGGCCGUCCUGGGGGCGCUGAUCGCCGUCCUGGGGGGGAUCCUGAUCCCCGUGGGAGACUCGAUCAUCCGGGAGAACGUCGUGAAGGAAGCCGUCAUCGAGAACGGGAGCACGGCCUACGAGAACUGGGUCUCGGCGGGGGCGCCCGUGUACCGGCAGUUCUGGCUCUUCGACGUGCAGAACCCCUCCGAGGUCGUGGAGCGCGGGGCCAAGCCCGUGGUGGCCCAGCGGGGACCGUACACGUACAGGACCCGCUACCUGCCCAAAGUGAACAUCACGGCCUUCGACAACGACACCAUCUCCUUCGUCCUCCCGGCCGGCGCCAUAUUCGAGCCGGCCCUGUCCGUCGGACCCGAGGAAGACACCAUCACCGCCCUCAACCUCGCAGUGGCCGGUGGCUAUUCCCUUUUUCCCAAAGACGUCCAUUUCUUCCUGAAUUUGGCCAUAAAGAAACACAACGCCUCGCUCUUUCAGAAAAAGACCGUGAAAGAGCUCAUGUGGGGUUACUUCGACCCCAUCUCGAACUCAACGGUCGGCUUGUUUUACCCGUACAACGGCACCUACGACGGGCCUUACAACGUGUUCACGGGGAAGGACGACAUCGGCAAAGUGGCUAUGAUUGACAGGUGGAGAGGAGAGAGGCAGCUUAACUUCUGGAAUGACACAUACUGUAACAUGAUUAAUGGUACAGACGCUUCCGCGUUCCCGCCGUUCCUCGACAAGAAGCCGCUGUACUUCUUCACCUCUGACAUCUGCAGGUCCGUGGCGGCCGACUUCCAGAGGAGCGUGGUCCUGAAGGGGAUCGAGCUCUACCGCUACACGCUGAGCCCGCGGACCCUGGCCUCCCCCGCGAUCAACCCAGACAACCACUGCUACUGCGGCGACCCCGAGGUGACCCGGAACUGCACCCUGGCCGGGGUCCUGGACAUCAGCUCCUGCACGGGCGGGAUGCCCGUCUACAUCUCCCUGGCCCACUUCCUGUACGGCAGCGAGUACCUGACUCAGGACGUGCUCGGUCUGAACCCCGUCGAAGAGGAGCACUUCACCUUCCUGGAUGUUGAACCCAUCACCGGGAUGACAAUGAGGUUUGCCAAGAGGCUUCAGGUCAACAUGAUGUACGGGCCCUCCAAGACAAUAGAUGUGCUGAAGCAGGUGAAGGACUACACCAUAUUCCCCCUGCUGUGGCUGAAUGAGACGGCGGCUCUGGACGACGCGACGGCCGACAUGUUCAAGGGGGCGCUGACGUCGCGCGUGGAGACGCUGGAGGCGGUGCAGGUGGCGCUGCUGUCGGUGGGGACCGUGGCGUUCGUCCUCUGCGCCGUGGCCGCCUGCGUGGUCCACAGGAAGAGCCGGAACAAGCUGGUGUGACCGAGGAAGACGCCGCCGCCGCCUCACCGCUAAGUCCCAGGGACG